AUGGAAGAUGAGACUUCAACUAAGGAGGCCAACUCUGAUGAUUGUGGUUUCAUGGAUUCGGUCAUUUCUUGGUCCAUUGAAGACAUUUUGAAUGAAGAUUUAUACAAGAACAAGGUAGAGAAGAUUGAACUAUCAUUCCAGUCCAUUGGUCAUUACCUUGGAUCUUUUUACUACCCUUUAUUGGAAGAAACUCGAGCACAACUAUCCUCAAGUAUGGAGAUCAUAUACAAGGCACCUUAUGCAGAAGUGAUUGGUCUAGUGAAAGACCAAGAGGUAGAUAAACUGUAUAGGUUGAAAAUUAAUAGCUGGAAAAGCAGCUAUGGUCAUCAUGGAGAACCAUACAAAACUUCGCCUGAUGAUGUUUUAAUUUUGGCUGAUUAUAAGCCACAAACUGUAGAAGACUUGCAAAGGGUUGGAAGGACGUGGAGUUUUGUAUCAGUUGUAAGAAUAAAAAAAUGUGUGUUGGAGGAUCGUAUCAUGUCUCCUUAUAUAGAAGUUAAGACAUCAAAAGAUAUUGACACGACAGAAUUAAGGCAAAAACCCCUAUUUCUUGUUUUCUUGACAAAUGUAAGCCAUAAUAGAAGAAUUUGGGAUGAAUUUCAUGUGCCCCGUAAUUUAAAGCUUGUCAAGCAGAUCUUAUGCACCACAGAUGAGGUUGAAGAAUGUGGUAGUUGUGGCUCUCUGCCUGAUGAUUUAAGGGAUGACCCUUCAUAUCAAAGGUUAUUAUCAGAGCUUAAUGAAUCCCAGAAUAAGGCUAUUUCUGCAUGUCUAUCUGGCCUCAACUGCAACCACAACUCUGCUGUGAAGCUCAUAUGGGGUCCCCCAGGGACUGGAAAGACUAAAACUUUGGGCACAUUACUCUUUGCUCUCUUGAGAAUGAAUUAUAGAGUCCUUGUAUGUGCUCCAACAAAUGUUGCCAUCAAAGAAGUUGCUUCACGCGUAUUAGCCAUAGUGAAAGAAUCACAUAUUAAAGAAUCUGGUGAUUUGUUCUGCACAAUGGGAGAUUUGCUAUUGAUUGGGAACAAUGAGAGGCUAAAAAUUGGUGAAGAUAUACAAGAUAUAUAUUUGGAUCAUCGUGUUGAACUGCUAAAACAAUGCUUUGCAAGCUCCACUGGUUUGAGAUCUUGUGUUAAUUCAAUUAUGGAUCUUCUUGAAAAUUGUGUUUCCUAUUAUCAUAUAUUUGUUGAGGAUGAAUUGAAAAAGGAGAUGAGUGUGCACAAAUCAUUUCUAGAUUUUCUGAGAGAAAGGUUUUGUUUUCAAGCAUCGCCACUUAAAUCAUGUAUUUCUAUCAUGUGCACACAUGUAGCCAUCUGUCACUUGUUGAAACAAAACUAUCAGAACUUAGUGUGCUUAAACGAGGCACUUAACUCAUUUGAAGGCUUCUUGUUUCAAAAUAAUUUCCCUUCUGAAAGAUUGGAAAUGCUUUUCUUUUAUCCUGAAUUACCAGAGAAACUUUCUCAGUCACGUGAUGCUGCUAUAUACCAGUUGCACCAGAAGAGAGCUGAAUGUCUAACAGCUUUAAUAACUGUUAAAGCAUCACCUGACUCAUUCAUAUGGAAAAAAUAUUCCAACAUGAACUUUGUUAGAGAGUUUUGUUUCCGAACAUCAAAAUUGAUAUUUUCCACGGUUGCGGGUUCAUAUAAGCUGCACUCUUUAUACACGAAGCCACUGAACUUUUUGGUGAUUGAUGAAGCUGCGCAGUUAAAAGACUGUGAAUCAAUAACACCUAUGUUAUUUCCAGGAAUAAGCCAUGCCAUUCUUGUUGGUGAUGAAUGCCAACUACCAUCCAUGGUUAGAAGUAAUGUUUGUUAUGGAGCUGGUUAUGGGAGAAGCUUAUUUCAGAGGUUGAGUUUAUUGGGUCACCCAAAGUAUCUUCUCAAUAUGCAGUAUAGGAUGCAUCCACAAAUAAGUUCAUUUCCAAAUUUACAUUUUUAUUUUAACAAAAUUCAGGAUGCACCAAAUGUUAAAAGAAAUGACUACAGGAAGCCCUAUCUUCCGGGGCCAAUGUUUGGUCCUUAUUCUUUUAUAAAUAUAACUAGAGGCAAAGAAAAAUUUGAUGAUGCUGGAAGAAGCUAUAAAAAUAUGGCUGAGGUUGCAGUUGUAGCGACAAUACUGAAGAAAAUGCACAAAGUAUGGUUGAUCUCAAAGGAGAAACUCAGCAUUGGUAUAGUGUCACCCUAUGCUGGCCAAGUUACUGCUAUUAAAGAGGAACUUGAACAGACUUAUGAUGGGCAUUAUGGAUUUCAUGUGAAUGUGAAGUCUAUUGAUGGCUUUCAAGGCGGUGAGCAGGAUGUUAUUAUUUUGACAACUGUAAGAACCAACAACAGAACAUCUCUUGAGUUCAUUUCCUCUCCCCAGAGGACUAAUGUAGCUCUUACAAGGGCUAGGCACUGCUUAUGGAUUUUGGGGAAUGAAAGAGCCCUUACAAACAAUGAAAAUGUUUGGAAGGCUAUUGUGCAUGAUGCUAAGAGCCGUAAAUGUUUCUUUAAUGCGGACCAAGACUACGAAAUGGCAAAAGCUAUUUUGGAUGCAAGGGAAGAGUCAGAUCAAUUUGAUGAUUUUCUUGAUACAAAUAGUGUCCAUUUUAAAAAUGCACUGUGGAAGUUACAUUUCAGUGACAAAUUUCUCAGAUCAUUCAAAAGACUACGGUCUGAAGCAAUCAAGAGAGGGGUCAUAAACCUUCUAAAAAGACUUUCUAGAGGGUGGAGGCCUAAAAGCUUUACUAUGGAUUUGUCUUGUGAAAAUUCAACACAGAUUUUGAAACAAUUUAAGGUUGAAAGCUUCUAUGUCAUUUGUUCAAUAGAAAUAGUCAAAGCUUCAAGGUAUAUUCAGGUUUUGAAAAUAUGGGACAUAUUGCCUUUAGAGGAUAUCCCACAAUUGGCUAAGCACCUUGAAAAUGUAUUCAAAAGAUACACUGUGGAAUAUAUCAGUAGGUGCAAGUGCAAAGAGAAACGCGGAGCCUUUGUUGGGAACACAGAGAUUCCAUUGAGUUGGCCACUUUCUGCUAACAUCAUAAAAUUUAAGAAUGCAUAUGACAUUCCAAAUUAAGGGAGAUUUAAAUGCUGACGAAGAUACAAGUGAUGCUGAAAUGGUAUGUUGUUGAUCAAAUACUAGCUGCUCCAUUUCAAGAGGUAACAUGGUCAUUACAGUUAAGAAGUGGAUCAUCCAUACAGCAUAACAUAAUUCUCUUCCCUCGAAGUACCACGGUUCUGAUUACUAAGCUGAUUCAAAAUGACAAAGUUGCACAUGGUUAAGUCUAUGGAUCCAAUAUUUAUGCAAAUUUGGAACUAUAGAGUAUUUGACCGUUAAGUUUAUAUGACCCUAAGCUAUUUUGGCUUUAAAACCUUGUUAUGUUUGUUUCUCAAAUAAUGAGAAAUGUCACAGUUAUUAGUUUUCCUUUAACUUAUUUAUA